CACCACGAACAGCGCCCAGCGCUUCAGCUCUGGAAGUAACAAAGCGCAGCGGGCGGCGCAGCGGCGGCGAGGACGCGAUGGAUGGCGAGGAGCUUCUGACAGCAGCUUUACUGCUUUAACCACACCUCAACCCUCCACACCAGAGAUCUAUCGCUCUAUCGCGACGAAUGGGGCGUUAAAAACGCGGCGAACAACAAAUCUGGGGACUUAAACUGGAGUUUCUCCAGACCUUCUACUCCAAACCAGACUCGCCCAACCUUCAUCCUCUUUUUUCUUGCACAAGUGCCACUUUGGAGGGGUUGUUUUUGGUCGUGUGGACUAAAGUAAACUAAAGACAAAGCUUUUUCUGUUUUCUGUUGUCAUUUUUGGUGGGUUGGAGCAUUGUGGUGGUCUACACUUUCCUCACUUCUCAUCAGGUGGGUUUGGUUUUGGUUUAUUUUGUUUGUUUGAUUUUUUUCGUAGUAGGACUAGUAGGCACCAUCGCCUUUCUUUCCUUGGGUUCUUUUUCCGGUUUUCUUUCUUUCCAAAGCAAAAAAGCUCCCAAAACUCAAUAACUCAAAGAAAAUGUUGGACCCUUCGUCCAGCGAGGAGGAGGAUGAGGUGGUGGAGGAAGAGCGUAAAGUGACCCAAGCUCCCAAGACUGGAGCCCCCAGAGUCUCUCCAAAUAGGACCGGCGAGAGCCCUGGAGGUCUACAGCCGGCCAGGACCAACAAUGCCCGGCCGACCAGCCCAGGGCCGUCGGCGGCUCUGGAGAAGGAGAAGGAUGAUCUGGAGAAGAUGCAGAGAGAGGAAGAAGAACGAAAGAAGCGUCUGCAGCUCUACGUCUUCGUAAUGCGCUGCAUUGCCUACCCGUUCAACGCCAAGCAGCCGACGGACAUGGCAAGGCGACAGCAGAAGAUCAGUAAGAUGCAUCUACAGACCGUGAAGGAUCGCUUUCAGGCCUUUCUGAAUGGAGAGACACAGAUUGUGGCAGACGAGGCGUUCAUCAACGCUGUGCAAAGCUACUAUGAGGUGUUCCUGAAGAGCGACCGGGUGUCUCGCAUGGUCCUGAGUGGUGGAUUCUCAGCGAACGACUCGCGGGAUGUUUUUAAGAAGCACAUUGAGAAGCGAGUGAGAAGCCUGCCUGAGAUCGACGGCCUCAGCAAGGAGACGGUGCUCAGCUCCUGGAUGGCCAAGUUUGACACCAUCUAUCGGGGCGAGGAGGACCCGAGGAAGCACCAGCAGCGGAUGACGGCCAGUGCCGCCUCCGAGCUCAUCCUCAGCAAGGACCAGCUUUAUGAAAUGUUCCAGCAGAUUCUUGGCAUAAAGAAGUUUGAACAUCAGCUGCUCUACAACGCCUGCCAGUUGGACAACCCAGACGAACAGGCUGCUCAGAUCAGACGAGAACUAGACGGACGCCUCCAGAUGGCCGAUCAGAUUGCUAAAGCCGGUAAAUUCCCAAAGUUUGUGUCGAAGGAUAUGGAGGCCAUGUACAUCGAGGAGCUGAAGUCCUCGGUGAAUCUGCUCAUGGCCAACCUGGAGAGCAUGCCGGUGUCUAAAGGAGGCGAGUUUAAACUGCAGAAACUGAAGAGAGGGCACAACACCUCCAUCAUCGACAUGGGCCAGGAGGACGAGAACCAGCUCUCCAAGUCUGACGUGGUCCUCUCCUUCACUCUAGAGGUUGUGAUCAUGGAGGUGCAGGGUCUGAAGUCACUGGCACCCAACCGCAUCGUCUACUGCACCAUGGAGGUGGAGGGAGGCCAGAAACUACAAACAGACCAGGCAGAGGCUUCCAAACCAACUUGGGGAACGCAAGGAGACUUCACCACCACACACCCACUUCCUGGUGUGAAGGUGAAGCUUUUCACAGAGAGCACCGGAGUGCUGGCACUGGAAGAUAAAGAGCUGGGACGGGUUGUGUUGCAUCCAACUCCCAACAGCCCCAAACAGUCUGAGAUUCACAAGAUGACCGUGUCUAAGGGCUGCCCUGACAAUGACCUGAGGAUUAAAUUAGCCGUUCGCAUGGACAAACCUCAGAAUAUGAAACACUGUGGAUACCUUUGGACCAUUGGGAAAAAUGUGUGGAAGAGGUGGAAGAAGAGAUUCUUUGUCUUGGUGCAGGUGAGCCAGUACACCUUUGCCAUGUGCAGCUACAGAGAAAAGAAGGCAGAGCCUGUGGAGCUGCUCCAAUUGGACGGAUACACUGUGGAUUACACAGACCCUCAGCCAGGUUUGGAUGGCGGGAGGACGUUCUUUAAUGCAGUAAAGGAGGGAGACACUGUGAUCUUUGCCAGCGAUGAUGAGCAGGACCGGAUCCUGUGGGUUCAGGCCAUGUACAGGGCCACGGGUCAGUCCCACAAACCGGUCCCCCCAACCCAGGUGCAGAAACUCAACUCUAAAGGAGGAACAGCCCCACAGCUGGAUGCUCCAAUCUCACAGUUCUACGCAGACCGAGCGCAGAAACACGGGAUGGACGAGUUCAUCUCAGCGAACCCCUGCAACUUCCACCACUCCUCUCUCUUCGAGAUGGUGCAGCGCCUCACACUGGACCACAGACUGAAUGACUCCUACUCCUGUCUGGGUUGGUUUAGUCCAGGUCAGGUGUUUGUACUGGACGAGUACUGCGCCAGAAAUGGCGUGCGGGGCUGCCACAGACACCUGUGCUACCUGAGCGACCUGCUGGAGAGAGCUGAGAACGGCGCCAUGAUCGACCCCACGCUGCUCCACUACAGCUUUGCCUUCUGCGCUUCACAUGUACACGGCAACAGUAAGAGAUUGUGUGAGCUGCUGAAAUGGCCCAUGUCUGAGGCCGAGCUGCUCAAUGCCCUGUACCCCUCGUCCCCUGCCGACCCCCCCACCCCUCCUAAAAAAGAGCUCCGAAUGAUGGAGUUGAGGAAAAAGAGGGACUCUAAGUCGCAGGUGGCCGCAGGGCUCAGAAGGCCCGAUGGAAUUGGCACUGUCACAGUGGAGGAGCGUGAACGCUUCGAGGAGAUUAAAGAAAGACUGCGAGUGCUGCUGGAGAACCAGAUCACACAUUUCAGGUACUGUUUUCCGUUUGGACGGCCAGAAGGAGCUCUCAAGGCCACUCUUUCACUGCUGGAGAGGGUUCUCAUGAAGGACAUUGUAACACCAGUCCCGCAGGAAGAGGUGAAGGCUGUGAUCCGAAAGUGUCUGGAGCAGGCGGCUUUGGUCAACUACCAGCGGCUCUCUGAGUACGCAAAAGUGGAAGGGAAAAAGAGAGAAAUGUAUGAGCAUCCUGUCUACUGCUUGGCGUCACAAGUGAUGGAUUUAACCAUUCAGAAUGUAGGCCGGUUAGUUACGCCUGCCAAAAAACUGGAAGACACACUUCGCCUGGCUGAACUGGUCAUCGAGGUGCUACAGCAGAACGAGGAGCAUCAUGCAGAGGCAUUCGCGUGGUGGUCUGAUCUGAUGGUUGAACACGCCGAGACGUUCCUGUCCCUUUACGCUGUGGAUAUGGAUGCAGCGCUGGAAGUCCAGCCACCAGACAGCUGGGACAGUUUUCCACUCUUUCAACUGCUCAACGACUAUCUGCGCCUUGACUACAACCUGUGUAAUGGGAAGUUCCACAAGCACCUGCAAGACCUCUAUGCCCCCCUGGUGGUGAGAUAUGUGGAUCUAAUGGAGUCUUCCAUUGCCCAGUCAAUCCACCGGGGCUUUGAGCGCGAGUCCUGGGAGCCAGUAAAGAGUCUAACCAGUAAUCUGCCCAAUGUCAACCUACCAAACGUGAACCUCCAAAUGCCUAAAGUUCCAAAUCUGCCGGUGUCAGUUAGUCUGCCACCGGUGCAAAUGCCUAGCUUUUCUGCCUCAAACUGGAUGCCAGCGUUAUCGGACACAGACAAUGGUUCAGGAACGUCAGAGGAUCUGUUCUGGAAGCUGGAUGCUCUGCAGACGUUUAUCAAAGACCUGCACUGGCCAGAGGAGGAGUUUGGCAAGCAUCUGGAGACCAGGCUUAAACUGAUGUCCAGUGACAUGAUCGAGUCCUGUGUGAAAAGAACCAGGAUAGCAUUUGAAGUGAAGCUGCAGAAGAGCAGUCGGACCACAGACUUCCGUGUUCCCCAGUCCAUAUGUACCAUGUUCAACGUCAUGGUGGACGCCAGGGCCCAGUCCGCCAAGCUGUGCACCAUGGAGCUCGGCCAGGAGCGCCAGUACCACUCUCAAAUCGACGAUCUUAUUGAGGAGACGGUGAAGGAAAUGAUUACCUUACUGGUGGCAAAGUUUGUGGUGAUUCUGGAGAGCGUCCUGGCCAAGCUCUCUCGCUACGAUGAGGGCACCCUUUUCUCAUCCUUCUUAUCGUUUACAGUCAAAGCUGCCUCAAAAUAUGUGGAUGUUCCUAAACCUGGCAUGGAUGUAGCUGAUGCCUACGUGACGUUCGUUCGCCACUCUCAGGAUGUCUUGCGGGACAAGGUCAAUGAGGAGAUGUACAUAGAAAGAUUAUUUGAUCAAUGGUAUACUAGCACCAUGAACCUGUUGGGGACUUGGCUAACAGAUCGGAUGGACCUGCAGCUUCACCUCUACCAGCUGAAAAUCCUCAUCCGAGUCGUAAAGAAAAAGUAUCGUGAUUUCCGGCUGCAAGGCGUCCUGGACUCGACUCUGAACAGCAAGAUGUACGAAACGGUAAAGAACAGGCUGAUGCUUGAGGAGGCUACAGCGUCAGUGCGAGAUGGAGGGAUGCUGGGGAUCUCGAUGAAGGACAGCGACGAGGAAGACGAUUAGACGCCGCGUCGGCUGCCGUGCUUAUCACAGCCUGUUGAAAUGAUGCAUGUACUCUUGUCUGUCGUGCUCGCCUUCCUUAACAUUUUUUUUUUACUGUCGAGUCGUACAACGAAUAAAGGGACCAAACCUCAAUUAUUAUUACCCACGAUGAGAAGCUAAAAAUGAUAAAAGCAAACAAACAAACAAAAAAAAGGUUAAUGUUAAUGUUUGUCAGAAGAUUAUGAUAACAAAAAAAAAGCUCUAUUCAAAAGCGUUUGGUGUUUUACAAUUAAUAAUGUCCAAAUUUAAUUCCUGAAUGUUUCGAAGCAAUAUGGAGUACUAAUUGUAAACAAUGUGGCGUGAGAUGGUUAGGAAUAAUGCCCGUUGUGUCCCCGUUUAAUGCAGAUGUGUACGGCGCUUCUUCUGUGUAAUGUAAAUACAUGAUUGGUACAUAAUUGUGCAUAGAUCUAAUUGUUUCUUUUGGAGGUUUUUGAGUGUAUGCCAAAUGAAUUGACUAUGUCGUAUUGAACCCGUUUCAGUUGUUAAAGGUGGUGUUUCUGAGCGGCACACUUCACAACACACCAACAGCAAGUCACAGUAUCUGUCAACACAAGGGAACAGCCAUGUUGGCGCUGAGUUGCGAUUUUAGAAAUGCAAUAUAUACCCGUAGCUUCAUUGUGAUAUACUUUGACUAAUGUCAAUAAAAUUUUUUAUGUUUUUAAGUAAUUUGCGAUUUAUAAAUAUGUUCUAUUUUAUCUAUUCAGCAGCCGCAGAAUUUAUUUGGAUGAAAACGAUCCUCUGUAUCCUAUCCAGCCCUUUCUAAACCAUUCCUAGGAACAGGACUGUUUGUUUCUGUCUGGAAAGUAGGAGCCAGUCUUGCUCUUGGCCACUGUUGUUUUGUGAAAUAUCUGAUGAUGAUGAUGAUGAUGUAUGUGUUGCCCUUUGUGCAGGAACUAGCAUGUCCCUGUUAUACAAACACUAUCCAAAAAGCUCUCGAUUUUGUUGAAAAGAACUGAUGGAUUCAUCUUGCUUCUGCCUUAUGUAUGUCCACAAAGUUGAAGAAAAAAAAAACAGACUUGCAGUAACUGACUUUAUUAAACAGUUCAUGCACAGAA